CCCAGAGGUCUAAGUCCUAAUAUGUUAUGGCAAAUGGAUGUCACACAUGUACCUUCAUUUGUAAAAUUGUCAUUUGUCCAUGUGACAGUUGAUACUUAUUCACAUUUCAUACGGGCAACCUGCCAGAGAGGAGAAAGUACUUCCCAUGUUAAAAGACAUUUAUUAUCUUGUUUUGCUGUCAUGGGAGUUCCAAAAAACAAAAUUAAAACAGACAACAGGCCAGGAUACUGUAGUGAAGCUUUUCAAAAUUCUUAAAUCAGUGAAAAAUUACACGUACAACAGGAAUUCCCUAUAAUUCCCGAAGACAGGCCAUAAUUUAAAGAACUAAUAGAACACUCAAAUCUCAAGUGGUUAAACAAACAAAAAAGGAAAAGACAAUAAGGAGUAUUAACACUCCCUAGAUGCAACUUAAUCUAGUACUCUAUACUUUAAAUUUUUUGAACAUUUAUAGAAAUCAGACCAUUACCCCUGCAGAACAUCUUACUGGUAAAAGGAACAGCCCACAUGAAGGAAAACUGAUUUGGUAGAAAGAUAAUAAAAAUAAAACAUGGGAAACAGGGAAAGUGAUAACAUGUGGGAGAGGUUUUGCUUGUAUUUCCCCAGGAAAAAACCAGCUUCUAGUUUAGGUACCUACAACUCACAGAUACAGUUGUCAUCCACCAAGAAAGUGGAGCCGCCGACUUGGGCACAAUUAAAGAAGCUGACACAGUUAGCUGAAAAAAGCCUAAAGAACACAAGGGUAAUCCAAACUCCAGAGAAUAUGCAGCUUGCAGCCUUGAUGAUUGUGUCAACGGUGACAGAAUCUCUCCCUGUCACCCAGGGUGGAAUGCAAUGGUACAAUCUCGGCUCACUGCAACCUUAGCCUCCCAGAUUCAAGCGAUUCUCCUGCCUCAGCCUCCCGAGUAGCUGGAAUUACAGUCACAUGCCACCACACCCAGCUAAUUUUUUGUAUCUUUGGUAGAGAUGGGGUUUCACCAUGUUGGCCAGGCUGGUCUCGAACUCAUGACCUCGUGAUCUGCCCGCCUCAGCCUCCCAAAGUGCUGGAAAUACAGGCAUGAGCCACCACAUCUGGCUAUUGUCUGCUUUUUGUCUUUAUAUAAACUGAAACAUACACAAUGUCUUGCUUUAUGAUUGACUUCCUUAACUCAAUAUUAUGUGUUAAAAUAUGUGUGAAAGCUUUUGGGUUCUGUAAUAAUAUUUCACUACAGAUACUUAGGAGUGGAAGUAUUCAAUAUAUAGCAUGCAUUUUUUCACCUCAUAGUACAUAAUAUCAAAUAGGUUUUUAAUAUGAUUGUCACAAUUUAUACUCUCAUCAGCAAUAUUAAGACUCCCCAAUGCUCCACAUUCUUGCCAUCACUUGGAUAUGUCAGCCUUUUGGAUUAUAGUCAUUCUAGUGGGUACAUGUAGAUUUCAUUCACAGUUUAAUUUGAUUUUCCUUGGGAAUAAAAGACAAUUACAGAAGUUGAACUUGUGUUCAUGUUUGCUGUUCAUUAGGAUAUCCUCUUUUGG